CGAUUUAUAAAAAUCGUACCAAAUGCUAUCCGACACAAAUCCAUAAUCGUCGCCCAUUGUAAAAAUGUCAGCUGCAUUCGCGAGCAGCUCUGAUAGUAAAAUGAAAAAUGCGGAAAAUGUUAACAAUGAAAGGACAGUUGACAGUGUUAAAAAGAAAAGUUUCGGUGAUAAAAAUAAAAAGAGCGAUUCCAGCGCAAACAACAGCACGGUUAUCAAAGUGAAAAGUGUUAUUCCUAGACGACGACAAGAUCUGCUGAAAUGGUACGGCUGGGGCUACAAGGAUUCUAUGUUCAAGCUGGAUGGCUACACUGCUUCUUUUACUGGCAACAGAUAUUCCAUAGGAGGUCAAAACCUUCCCAACUUGGCACAAUGGGCCGUCGACAACCUUGGCGUAGACCCUAUGAGAGAACCGAAGAUACCCGAAUUGCCCACGAACUUUGCCGAAAGCAGGCUUCCCGAACCAAUAAGGUUAGAAUUGGAGAAGAUCGCUCUAGUCAGUGUGGAUGGUAUGGACAGACUGAUCAGGGCACAUGGCCAAACCCUGAAGGAUAUGAGCCAGCUGAGGACUAACAGCUUCCCGAGGAUACCUGAUGCUGUUAUAUGGCCAGAGACUCAUGAACAGGUGGAAGCAAUAGUAGCGUGCGCGUCCCGUCACAACUUCGUCAUCAUUCCGUUCGGUGGAGGCACCUCAGUGUCUGGCGCGGUCACCUGCCCAGCCAAGGAGACCAGACCUAUCCUAGUGCUGGAUACAAGCGACCUGAACUCCAUACUGUGGCUGGAUAAGGAGCAAUUACUGGCUAGAGUGCAGGCGGGUAUAGUAGGGCAGGACCUGGAGCGCGAGAUGCGAGCUCGCGGCUUCACGGUGGGCCACGAGCCUGACUCCUACGAGUUCUCCACCCUCGGCGGCUGGGUGGCCACGCGGGCUAGCGGCAUGAAGAAGAACACUUACGGGAAUAUUGAAGACCUUAUUGUGAAUACCAAGGUGGUGACAGCCCGCGGCGUGAUAGAGAAGAGUUGUCGCGUGCCGCGCAUGUCGUGCGGGCCCGACUGGGAACACGUCAUCAUGGGCUCCGAGGGCUGCUUCGGCGUCGUCACUGAGGUGACGAUAAAGAUCCGUCCGCUUCCCCCCGUGGUCCGCUACGGGUCGCUGGUGUUCCCCGAUUGGGAGUCAGGGUUCUACUUCGAGCGGGAUGUGGCCCGGCAGAGGCUGCAGCCCUCCAGUAUACGGUUGAUGGACAAUGAACAGUUCCGCUUCGGCCAAGCGCUAAAAACCGAGAACACCUGGGGCGGAGUACUCCUCGAUGGCCUAAAACGCCUGUACAUCACGAAGAUCAAGGGUUUCGACCCUGCCAAGCUCUGUGUAGUCACCCUCCUCAUGGAAGGCUCUGCUGAGGAGGUGGCUGAACGAGAGAAGAAGCUGAAUGCCAUCGCUGCGAAGUAUGGGGGCAUUCCUGCCGGAGCUACCAAUGGGGAGAAUGGAUAUACGCUCACUUUCGUCAUCGCUUAUCUUAGGGACGUGGCCAUCGAGUACGAUGUGGUAGCGGAGUCGUUCGAGACGUCGGUCCCGUGGGACCGCACACUGGCUCUCUGCGCUAAUGUGAAGCAGCGCAUCCGAGAUGAAUGUGCCAAGAGGGGCAUCGACAAGUACCUCAUAUCGCAUCGACUCACGCAGACAUAUGACGCUGGCUGUUGUAUUUAUUUCUACUUUGGCCACAAUAUUGGCAAGUGUAAGGACCCCGUGUCGACCUACGAAGAAAUUGAAGAGGCUGCACGAGACGAAAUCAUUGCCUGUGGUGGAUCAAUAUCACAUCAUCACGGAGUUGGGAAACUUCGUAAAAAAUGGUACAAAGACACAGUGAGUGAACCCGGGCGACAACUCUUACUUGCCGCCAAAAAAGCUUUAGAUCCUGACAACAUUUUCGCCUUAGGAAACAUGGCAUUUGAGGAACAUAGCAACGAGAAUACGUCAGUGAAGAGUAAAUUAUAAGUUUAUAGUAAUAAGGUUUAAAUCAGUUUAAUUUUCGUCUUGGUAAAAUUUUAUAAACUAUGACUCUGGUCCGAAAUUGACUUAGUAAGUAAGUUACUGUGAUUGAGGAUGGUUGACUCUGAAGCAUGGGCUUUAUACAAUCCAAUUGGCGAUUUUUAAGAAAAUAACGGUUAUUAUCACAAACACUCGAAAUUACACAAGCGUAAAAAGAAAUAAUUUCACAUUACCAUUUUGAUUUGUCUUUGUACUUUUUUUAAUAACUUUAAAGUGCUAAUAACAUAUGCAUAUUAUAUGCCUUUUGGAUCCCGCUAGUCCUAAAUCGGGACCAUUCAUGAAAAUGCUUUAACACGAUAUCUUCGUGUUCACUUUAGCUUAAUAAGUUUAGUUUUAUGAGUAACUUUAAGGGCGAGACGCAUCAUUUAACUAUACUUAACGAUAAACGAACCAUAACCAGCUUUAUACUCGCCGCCUAUUGGUCGAAUCAUUUGACAGCUGAAAAUGGUUCGAUUAUCCUUAUAGUUCUGCGGAAGAAUUUUGAUUCCCGCGGCCCCGCGCCCACGUGCAAGGGGGGUUUUAGCCGGUAAGAGUCCGACACACCCCUCCGCCUCUCCCCAGGCGGAGGAAGUCCAUGAGGAUUAUUCCCCUCCCCCCACUAUAUAGUUAAAUGAUGCAACUCACCGUAAGAAUAGAGUAUGGUGACUGCUUUGUUAUCGGUGAUGCUGUAGCUUUAUUAUCCCAGAGAUAUUUGUAACUAAUUCUUAUGACUAUUCCGUUGUUUGUUUUUGUUCUUCUUUAUCAUCAACGGCCUUUUUUCUGAGCACCUCUGCCGAAGGAUUGUCUAUUUAAAUUGAAAUAAACCGUCAAUAAGGUGUAAAACAGCCAUAAAUAAUAUUUUCAUUCUUAUGUCGAAAUAAAUAUAAAAAUAUUCUGAUGUUUAACAAGUUUUAAUUAUUUGAUGUAAUUUUUAGGCACCGUUUUAUCCUCCUAUAGUUCCCUUAAUAAUGCUGUAUAAAAAUACUUUCUAAGCUCUGUGAUUACAAAUACUUACACAUUUCAUUUGUGGACUUAAUUCAAAUGUUACAUCAGCUUUAUUUCUCAAUUUGAUAAUAGCAUUAAGUUCAGUUUUUAUUAUUAUUAUAUUUAAGUAAAUUUGUAAAAGCCAAAGAAUUGUCCGAAAAACAAUAUGACGGUUUCUGUUGUGCCAUGUGACCUUAGUUUUUAUUAUAAGAAACCUUAAAAAUUGUGUUCAUAUAAAUGAUGAUCCAUCAUAAAAACCGAUUUAAUCAUUAAUUGACUUUACUUAUACAAUACCUAAUUGUAUUUCAACCUAUUUGACCUAAUACUCUAAAUCGCAUGCCAUGAUAUUUAUUAAGAAAAACGCCAUAAUUGAUACACUGGUAUCAAAGAUUGCUCAAUGUUGAAUAGUAAAAAAUAGAGUGUAGGUAUUUAUAAAUUAUAAAAUAACGAUUGAUUUCCUUAUUUAUUUAAUAACAUUCACACAUUCCUUCUUUAAUUUACUUAACAUUGUUUUAAUAGAGGUUUGUGAUAAAUAAAUAUUACUUCUUACAUAAGGGAGGGGUGAUUGAUAUCGUACCAAUAAAGUUUGUGUUACCAAGAA